AUGUCUAUAAAUCAAAGAUUCACCCAAUUGGAUCAUUUUUACAAUUAUUUUGGAUUUCUCUUUGAUAUUGGUAAUUUAUCUACUGUUGAUUCAGAUACAUUGAUAAAGAGUUGCAAUGAUCUUCAGAUUCUUUUACAAACUGGUGAAAACAUGGACAUAAGUGGAAUUGAGUUGUAUGAUGAGCUUUGUCUUCUUUCAGAAAUAAUAGAAAAAGGUACUCCAUCUCUUCAUGUUUUACAAAAAAUCCUUAGCAAUAGUGUUGGUGAUGUUUAUGCUAAUGUUGCUAUAGCAUUAAGGAUUAUGUUCACAUUACCAGUUUCAACAGCAACAGCCGAGAGAUCAUUCUCUAAACUAAAGUUGAUAAAAAAUUACCUAAAAACCACAUUAAAUCAGGAAAAAACGACAAACUUAGCUAUAAUAUCAAUUGAACGUGAUAUAGUAGACGAAAUGGACUUUGAUGAUAUUAUUGACACAUUUUCUGAUCACAAAUCAAGAAAAAUCAAUUUUUAA